AUGCGUCGAUGGCUGCGUAACGUUCGUGGGGGAUUACUUCAUCCUCGGGCAGCACGGCUUAUGGUUUCCUGUGGGAAGACUCAUGGCCUGCACAUGGUCUCUACUGUUAGUAGAAACACUGAAACUGAAGAUGAAGAAAUUAGGGACAACGAAUCGUUUCCACAUCAAGAUGAUGAUGACGAGUCCGUGACGGAAAUAAGCGAGGAGAUGAUGCGAUCUCUUCCGAAAGCUCCUCCGAAACUGAGGUCAGCGGGGUCACUACUCUCCACCGAAGAGCAGGAGCAACUUACAAGGAUGAUUUUCAAGGCGCACUAUGCGGGGGAAGGGAUGGGGGAAAACGAUCGAGCGAUGUGGUACCAAAGUGCACUGGAGAUCCAUUGGCUGGAGGAAUGGGCGUACGAGGAAUUUGACGGGCAAACACAAAGGGAUGUGGCACGUCGUGCCGUGAAGAAGGCAGUUCUUCAGCGUGUGGAUCUACACAAACCGCUUGCUUAUAUUAUUGGGCACCAGCCAUUUUACGGUUGUGAUAUUCGUUGUUCCCCACCUCUCCUUUGUCCGCGACCGGAAACAGAGAUGUGGACCCAUUGGCUCGUUCGCACAUGGCUUUCGAAAAUACCUGAAACGACCCAACCCUUGCGUGUUUUGGAUAUGUGCUGCGGGACCGGCUGCGUUGGUAUUGCCAUCGCCAAGCAUGUGCCCUCCGCACAAGUUACUGCCGUGGAUAUCCUGGAUGAGGCGAUUGGGGCAUCAGAGGAAAAUGCAAAACUGAAUGGGCUUGAAGCGAGUCGCUUUUGCACUUUAAAGAGCGACAUGUUCGAAUCCUUUCUUGUCUCGAAUAGCGGGAGUCUCACCGGAGAGGACACAAAGUUAGACCUCAAGAAGAAAGAACCAGCAGCAGAGCAUGCUGGUUCUUUUGACAUCAUAGUGUCCAAUCCGCCCUACGUGUUGCCGGAUCAGUACACUGAUUUACCACCUGGUAUUAAGUUGUGGGAGUCCAAGUUGGCCUUGGUGGGCGACGAGAAGCGCGAACAGCAGCAGUAUCUUUACUUCCAAGAGCUGUCCGAAUUUGGUUCUUUGUUACUGAAGCCCAAAGCGAUGCGAAACCCUGCGCUUUGCGCAGCGCCAAACAUUGUUAUUGAGGUAGGUCUACAGGCAGAACAGGUUGCGUCCGUCAUGGAGAAGAGUAAACUAUGGGAAAAUGUGGAGAUUCACUUGGAUUACGCGCAGCAGAUGCGAUGGAUUACCGCCUCUUCCUCCCACUAA